AUGAGGUUUGAGGAGAUCCUGGAGGCCGUCGGCGGCUUCUCUAAGUACCAGUUCUUGGUCCUGUCCAUCCUGUGUUUGCCCCGGGCCAUCCUGCCCCUACACUUUCUCCUGCACAACUUUGUGUCGGCCACCCCGGCUCACCGCUGCUCCCUGGGGAGCCUGGAGGAGGCGGCCGGCGGCGCUGACCCGGCGGCCCUGGGUCUCAGGAUCCCCCUGAACAACGGCUCCCUCAGCUCCUGCAGCGUCUUCGGCCCCCCGGCGGGCCCGGACCCGGACCCGGACCGGGGGAACGGCACCGUCGCCUGUCCGCAGGGCUGGAUCUACGACACCACCCAGUUCACCUCCACCACCGCCACCGAGUGGGACCUGGUGUGUGACUCCAAAAAGCUAAAUCAAGCUCUAGCUACCUACUUCUUCCUGGGAGUGAUGAUGGGAGCAGUCCUGUUCGGACAGCUGUCUGACCGGUUUGGUCGCAGGUCCAUGCUCCUGCUGGCUCUGGUGGCCGCCGCCCUGUUCGGCGCCUCCUCGGCGUUCUCCUCCUCCUACACCAUGUUCUCCGUCAGCAGGGCUCUGAGCGGCGUGGCGCUCAGCGGGAUGUCCAUCAUCGUGGCCGUGCUGGGCAUCGAGUGGACGGACGUGGAGCACCGCACCUUUGCCAGCACCGUCAUGAGUUUGUCCUGGAGUUUGGGAAACAUGCUGCUGGCCUUGCUGGCCUACCUGAUCCGGGACUGGAGGCACCUGAUGCUGGCCGUGACGGUGCCCUGCAUCCUCCCCACCCUCUGCUGGUGGUGGCUGCCGGAGUCCGCUCGGUGGCUGCUGGCCCACGGCCGAGUGGACCAAGCCAAGAAGCAUCUGGCUCAGUGUGCAGCAAUGAACGGCAAGAAGCCCAGCGACUACGCGUCCCGCCUGGACACCCAGGUGCUGAUGAAAGUCACUGCAUCAGGGGUUUCAGAGAAGAACCACUCCUACCUGGAUCUGGUGAAAACGCCCACUCUGCGGAGGAUCACCCUCUGCUCGGGCUUUUCCUGGUUCGCGGUGGCCUUCCUCUACUAUGGAAUCAGUUUCAAGAUCUCCGGAUUCGGCCUCAGUAUUUACCUCACUCAUUUUAUCUAUGGAGCUGUUGAGGUGCCUGCCAAGAUAUCCACUUAUUUUGUCUUGAACUGGAUUGGUCGGCGAAAUGGCCAGGCAUGGUUUCUCAUCAUAACAGGAGCUCUGAUUGGAAUAAACACAGCCAUACCUUUAGACUUCGUUACGCUGCGCACCUGUAUUGCUGUGGUGGCAAAAGGUUUCUCUGAGGCAGCUUUCACCACUGCCUUCCUCUACUCAGCUGAACUCUACCCAACCAUUCUCAGGCAGUGCGGGCUGGGCUUCACCUCCUGUGUGUGCCGGGUGGGGAGUUCCCUGGCGCCUCUCAUCAUGCUGCUGGAGGACGUCUGGCUUCUUCUGCCUCCUCUCAUAUUUGCUGGGACUGGGAUCGUCAGUGGUGGCCUGGUUUUCCUGCUGCCAGAGACACUCAAUGUCCGUCUGCCUGAAAAUAUCCUCGAUAUUGAGGAGGGAAGACACAAGCAGACUGACAUCAACGGAGCUGCAAUGAUGGAGUUGAUGAAAACAAACUCCCCGGACCCGGACGCCUCUGACGAGCAGUGA